CGAAAAAACCUUAGAUUUAGUGAAUCGUGAUAUUAAAUUUAGCAUUUAUUGACAACGCAAGGCAUUGAUGAACGGCAAAAGUGUAAAAGUUACAGGAAAAAUGACCAAAAAUGAGAAAAUUACAAAUGUAGAAAAUUCGUGUCGAGUUUGUGGAAAUCGGGGAAGUUAUUCUUUGUAUCAAUUAAUUCCAGGAUAUCUUCAUGAAUCCGAGCGAGAAUUCCUCAAUUGGGGCAAACCCAUUCAUCAUUACUUGAAUUUUAUUCUAAAUCAACAAAUUAAACCAAAUGACGGAUAUCCACAAAAGAUGUGCACACUUUGCAUCAGUUACAUGAAACAUGCUUACAACUUCAAGAUUCAAGCAUUUCGUAAUUUGGGCUUGAUGGCGAUGAAAAAUGCAAAUCCUCGUGAAGAAUCUGUCGAAUCUGUGGUCGCCGAAGACAUCGAUACGCUGAACAAAGUUGAGUCAGCGCAAAAUAUCGAUCGAUUGUUGCAAGAAUCCAUCGCGGGCGAUCAAAUGAGUGACUUGGAAGGCGCCGAAGCGCAAGACGACGAAGAAGAUACCGACAAAACGCUCACGGAAAUUUUCUCUUACGCUCACACGAGCUUCGAGGAAGACGAUAUCACGCAACUCGAUGUCUUCCAAAGUAGCCAGAUAAGUUUUUACCUCCCCGAAACGUUCAAGGAACGCAAAUGUAUGUCGUGUCGUCGUCGUUUCAUGUUCGAAGACUCCUACAACGAGCACAUCAAGGAGUGCAUUAGCUUAAAACUCGUCUCGUUCAUCAAGGAAAUGACGCAGUUGCUGUAUUUGCGCGAAAAUCGGGCCGUUUCGUCGCACGAAUUCAUUCGACGGGUCAUUUUCGGGAUCAAAAAGAGCGUUCAAACGGUCGUCGAGUACGACGAAGGCAUAAAAAAGGAGAUUGAAAGACUAAACCAGCAACCGGAAGUCGCAAAACCGGUUGUUUCGACGAAAAAAAGCAAAGAACCAAAGUCAAUGGUCGAUCCAAAUGGAUUUCUCGCCAAAUUAAAUGUCAAGGAAAUAUUCUCAAAUUCCGCUUCGGAGUCAGAUAACCUAACAAACACCUCAAAUGCAUCCUCUCCAGCCCCAAAUGUCUUCAUGCGAUGCCCCGAUUGCCAUGUGCCGCUCCCAAGUUUGGCAGAACUCGAAAAACACAACUUCCAAUUUCACAAUAAGCAAUCCGCAAACACUGCCAGCACUCAGCAAGACCCCGUAAAUAAUCUGAAUUUUCAAAAAGAAACGAAUUACGCGCGAAAUCUCAAUCCGACAUUCGGAAAAAAUCAAAAUAUUGACGUAAUCAAAAAUAAUUUGUGUGAUAAUCGUCGUAUUCGUACGACAACCAACCACGAAACGAGUGACGAAGGCGAGCUCUGUGACGCCCGCAAGACAGUCAAGUGUUCAAAAUGCCCCGAAAGAUUUCUCACAAUAAGUCACUUGGAUCUACAUGUUGCCAAGAAGCAUACAAGAUCGCCCGUGCCCGCGAGCGGAAGUGAAAAUAACGAUUCGACUUCGUUCGAGGGACGAUCUCGAAAAACCCUGAGGUACGGAAGUCAAUUUGGAAAUUACCAAAGAAAUCAUUCCAACAAGUUUUUUAAGUAAUUGGAGAUAAAAAUUCCUAUUUUUAGGAGUUUAGGAGAUAAAUUCAUUAAAAGUGUGUUAAUGAAAGAUUAGGAAAUUACGCACAAAAUUGUAACAAAGAGAUAAAAAAAAUGUAAACAAAUAAUAAAAAAAGCUUUGACUAAAAUU